AUGGCACUCUCACCAACUCCCCGUGCUUUGUUCUUCGAUGUCUUCGGUACUUGCCUUGAUUGGCGCACCACCGUUGUGAGGGAGCUGGAGGCCCAGGCUCAUGUUGCACUCAAUUCGGCUACCGCAUCUCUCGCGUCCCGAGUCAGACUCACGGCGUCGGAUAUGACUACAGAGCGCUGGGGCAGUUUUGCCCAACAAUGGAGAGAUGGGUACAAGAAGUUCACACGACAGCUCGCUUCGGAUCCCACCAUGCCUUGGAAGUCGGUCGAUGAGCACCAUCUCGAGUCUCUGAAGCAGUUGGUCAACGACUGGCAGAUCGGCGGUCUUUGGAAUGACGAGGAACUACGUGCUAUCAGCUUGAUAUGGCAUCGAUUGGAGCCCUGGGCGGAUUCUUCGUUGGGUGUGUCGAUGCUGAACAAGCUUUUCUAUACCUGCACGUUAUCCAACGGCAAUCUCAGCCUUCUUGACGAUCUUCGCACCUACAGCACCAUUCCUUUCACUCACAUCUUCUCGGCAGAACUGUUUGGCACCUACAAGCCUUCGCCGCGUGUGUACCUCGGGGCUGCCGAGAGGCUACAGUUGCCGCCUAGCGAGUGUGUUAUGGUAGCUGCGCACCUCAACGAUCUGAAGGCUGCGAAGGAGAACGGACUAAGGGCUGUCUAUGUUGAGCGUCCUGGUGAGGAGGAUUGGACUCGGGAUGAUGUUGAGAAGGCGCGUCAGGAUGGCUGGGUUGAUCUGUGGAUUAGUACUGGUAACGGAUGUCAGGGCUUCAUCACCGUUGCGGAGAAGUUGGGGAUCGAGCUGAAUGCUGCUGAUCAGUCCAGGCGACUCAGCACUUCGGCCCCCGCUGGCAGUUCAUAG